UAACCAUUAUAUCAAAACACUUGUCUAGCCUAGUGGUAAGGUUCACAGCAUUGAAUCUUGAGGGAAUGGGUUCGAAUCCAAGCUAGACACUUUUUCAAAAUUUUUUCGCAACUAAUAAAUGCUAAGAAAAAAAAAAGUGCUCUGUUAAAAAAAAAAGGCCGGUUCUAAGGAAAAAAAAAGUUCACUGUUCAAAAAAAAAUGCAGGAAAAAAAAAGCCCGUUCUAAGAAAAAAAAAUCUGUUAAAAAAAAAAGGCUGGUUCAACCGAGACCGGCAGAGUCUCCGGUUUAAUCAUAAAAACCGGCCGAGAUGAUCGGUUCACACCGGGAGGCUUGCAUGGCCGAUCCGAUGCUCGGCUCGAACCGGUCUAGGGUCCGGUUCCCGGCUCAACCGGUCGAACCGGCCGGUUCGAGCCGAGUUUUAUAACUAUGCCUAUAAGUACUAAACCAUGUUUUUCCUACUCAUCAGAAAAUCAGAACAAUAAUAUGGAGCUCGCAGAAAAACGGCACCAAGCUGAUGAUGUUGCUCUCAGCAUCACCAAACAAUUAUUCUCAAAACAAGACAAGAACAUGGUCUUUUCGCCCUUGUCUCUCCUUGCUGUUCUUAGCAUCAUAGCGUCUGGUUCAGCAGGUCGCACACUCGACGAGCUUCUCACCUUCCUCCGAUUUGACUCCGUCGACCAUCUCACCACCUUCUUCUCUCAUGUCAUCUCCGGUGUCUUCUCCGACGAUCAUCUGUCUUUUGCCAAUGGAAUGUGGGCUGAUAAAUCGGUUUCCCUUUCUCAUUCUUUCAAACAACUUGUGGCAACUCAUUACAAGGCCGCUUUGGCUUCAGCGGAUUUUCGCAAGGGUGAUCAAGUGUGCCGUGAAGUGAAUUUGUGGGUUGAAAAAGAGACUAAAGGCCUUAUGUGAAAAAUUAGUAAAGUUGUG